AUGCCCUCGGACCAGGGAGACCUUCUACAGGAACAGCUCGCGUCCACGUCCCCGUCAAGCGACCUAGAGCUUGAUGAAGCCUCAGAAGGGCCAAGUGUGUCGGUGAAACUCCAAGAGAUUGAUCAAGCAGGUCAAUACUUGUUGACGGCAGAGGAUGCCAAGCUGCUCCAGGAAGUUCUCCAUCACAAGUCACAUCUCGAGAGCACUGGGGGGCUAGAUGCAGAAAGACGUCGCUUUCGUUUUCAAGAUUUGGAAUUCACUCGGCAGCUCAGUACGUUUGACCGCCAGAAUCCAAGCUUGUAUUUGAAUAAAUUCCAUGGGUUCUUCACCCUCUUUUGGCUAGGCGUGACUUUGCUGCUGGUCAAGAUCGCCGCACAUAACUGGCGGGUUUACGGCAGCCUCUGGGGCCAGAACGAGAUUAUCCACCUGAUGUUCCGCAAGGAUGUCCUAGUUUUAGGCAUAUCGGACUUGGUUUUAUGUUGGUCGACAGUCUUUUGCCUCGGUCUUCAGCGGGCCGUUCUCCGGGGGUAUCUACGGUGGAGCGGUCUGGGGUGGCUCAUUCAAAAUACUUGGCAGACGGCAUACCUAGCCAUCGCUAUUUGGUGGACUUAUCAUCGCGACUGGCCAUGGACACAUACGGUUUUUAUGGUUUUACAUUGUUUGACGAUGCUGAUGAAGCAGCAUAGUUAUUCUUCCUUCAAUGGGUACUUAUCUGAGCUAUACAGAAAGCGGGAUUUAUUGAGAAUUCGGCUGCGACGGUUGAACAAGCACAGCGACGAACAAGGGUGCUCUUCUUCACGUACCUCCGCGAGAGAUUCGGGGGGACCUGUGGACCCCGCUGGCCCAAAUCAAAUCAAAAAUCGGCACUCUAUUGACCAUCAAAGCUCCGUGAACCAUCAAAGCUCCGUGAACCAUCAAAGCUCCGUGAACCACCAAAGCUUUCGGCGAUCCAGUGCUACAGAUCAUCUCCUGGCGCUCUCGGGGAGAAUCGACAGUGGGACUCCCUUGGGAAGCGAGCAGAUGGCAUCUUUGAAAGCGUUAAUUGAACGGGAGAUUGAGCUUUUGUCCGACGGCCUUCGGGGCCAGUUUUCGUCGACGAACCAGUAUCCUGGAAACUUAAGCAUGGGUAAUUUCUGUGACUUCGUCACGUUGCCCACGCUAGUCUACGAGCUAGAGUAUCCACGAACAGAGCGAGUGAACUGGGUCUAUGUGGCCGAAAAGACCGCGGCUACGUUUGGUAUUAUCGUGGUCAUGAUUGCGAUUUCGCAGAAUUGGAUCUAUCCGGUCGUCAUGUCCACCUUGCAGAUGAAGGAGAAAGGAUUCACGUUGCAGCAGAGGUUACAGGAAUUUCCGUGGGUUCUAAGCGAUUUAUUAUUUCCUUUCAUGAUGGAGUACCUCCUGGCCUUCUACGUGAUCUGGGAAUGUGUGCUCAAUGCAGUAGCAGAGAUUACUCGCUUUGCCGAUCGUGGAUUCUAUGCUGACUGGUGGAACUCGGUCUCAUGGGAUCAGUUUGCCCGCGACUGGAAUCGUCCUGUGCAUAACUUCCUACUGCGCCAUGUUUAUCACAGCUCGAUCAGCACUUUUCACCUCUCUCGUGUGUCCGCCAGUUUGAUUACAUUUCUCCUGUCCGCAUGUGUACAUGAAUUGAUUAUGCUGUGCAUCUUCCGACGUCUCCGGGGGUAUUUGUUGAUUUUGCAAAUGUCACAGCUUCCGCUAGUCUCAUUGAGCCGAACCCGCCUGAUGCGAGGUCGAAGGCUUGUGGGCAACGUCUUCUUCUGGUUGGGGAUCUUUACUGGACCCAGUCUGUUGUGCAGCCUGUACCUGAUCAUCUAG